AUGAAGUUCACCACCAUCGCCCUCACUCUCUUCAGCGCCGUCGCCAUGGCCCAGGACUGCCCCCAGGCCACUCUCAUGCCCGCGUGCGCUGCCCCUUGCGUCAGUUCUGCUGCCUCCGCCGUCGGCUGCAAUGGAGCUGACUACGCCUGCCAAUGCUCCAAAUCUUCUCAGCUCGUGGCUUCCGCUCAAGGUUGCGUUCUCGGGGGCUGCGGCAUUGAGGCUGCCCCCACCGUCAUCAGCGCCGCUUCUGCCAUCUGCAGUGCUUGCGCUUAAGCGGUGUCUUGUCGACGACAAAACGACGAAAAGACUUUAUCUCGCGAUAAUGAAAGAUAUCAUGAGUACAUGAUUGGGCUAUGUUGGUCUUGUCCUCUUCGACUGGUUGGUUUGGUUGGACUGGCUGGGUGUGGGGGAUGAUCUCUCUGUGUCGUACUAGGAGUGACUAAUUCGGAGGGAUAGUUGUCUGUUUGGCUUUGAUCCGUAUCAUUGGUUCUUCUUCCGCAAAAAAAAUGGAUAACUGCAGUCUCAAA